GUGUGCGCCUACUAAUAAACCAGAAGAGUUAUGGACCAGACUCAAGGCAUCCGUUUCUUAUUUUAUUAAAUGCAAGUUUCAGGCGAACCUACACAAACGCUCGGUUACAUGUAUUAGGCCUAAUAGCAAGUCUAUCUAUAGAAAUCCAAAGUAACUGGAUAUCAAAGUUAUUGUACUCCACGCAGAUCGUUAACCAUUGAAAUCAGUUACGGAAUGUACAUUUUAUUUAUUUUAUUUUUACAAUAAUAACUAUAUAUAAAUAGAACUAUAACCGCAGCCCGUUUACUUGUGUGUGUUAUAAGGCACUCUUGCCCUGUCCAAUAUGGCGGCGCCGUUGACCCACAAUCCAGCGGCCAAUCGCGCUCGCGGUUCGUUGACGUCAUUCCCUGAGCACACCUUUAAUCCCAGGUGCCAGACACACCUACAAAGAGAGAAAGACGAGAAACAGGUUUUCUUUCACACACCCAUCACAAGCUGCGAAAGCCUUUGGGAAGUACGACCGGACCUCUCAUUAUGCAGUCAAAAAGUUCUUCUCUUCUGUCUGUCGCAGGCCCACAAUCCCCCGGGCGUCUUCUGUCAGAGGAGCAGUUCUCCUGUUCCAUCUGUCUGGAGGUGUUCGUAGAGCCCGUCUCCACUCCCUGCGGUCACACCUACUGCAUGGCGUGUCUUCAGGGCUUCUGGAACCACAGCAAGAAGUUCAUUUGCCCCAUGUGCAAGAAAACCUUCUCCAAAAAACCCGAGCUCAGCGUCAACUGCGUGCUGGCCGAGAUCGCCCAGCAGUUCCAGGGCCUGUCCACCGCCAACGCCAACUCGCCGGCUGCACAGAAGGACGACGACUGUGGCGACUUCGCUAAAGCGGGCGACGUACCCUGCGACGCCUGCAUCGGGAGGAAGAUGAAGGCCGUGAAGUCGUGUCUGAACUGCCCGGGCUCUUUCUGCGAGGCUCACCUGCGCCCCCACAAGAAGGGAAAGACGCUGAGCGGACACAAGCUGCUGGAUCCUGUACGCAACCUGGAAGACAAGAUGUGCAAGAAACACGAGCGUCUGCUGGACGCGUACUGCCGGAACGAACAUGCGUGCGUGUGUAAGGAGUGCGCCGAGACCUCGCACAAAACGCACAACGUGGUCUCGGUGGAUCGAGAGUGGAAGAAAGUAGCGAGUCAACUGGGGAAGAAACGCUCGGAGCUGAAACAUCUGAUCAAGGAGCGAGAAAAGAAGCUGGAGGAAAUGAAACACUCCAUCAAAGUCCUGAAAGAGAACAGUCAGAGGGAGAUGGAGGAGAGUUGGGCGGUUUACGCCGAGCUCCAGCGGCUCUUGGAACAGUCUCAGGCCGAGCUGCUGGACGUCAUCACGGCCAAACAGAAACAAGCCGAGCAACAGAGCCGAGAUCUGGCCAACAGUCUGGAGCAGGAGCUGGACGCGCUCCGGAGGAGAUCCAGUGAUCUGGACGCGCUCGCUCAGACACACGACAGAGUCAUGUUCCUGCAGUUUCUUCCGUCUCUGCCUCCCGCGCCGGAGCCGUCUGAUUGGUCAGCGGUGUCGGUGAACACGGAUCUUCACACCAGCACCAUCAGGAAGUCCGUCUGCUCACUCGUGGAUAAAUUCCAGCAGGAGGUCAAACGGCUUUACGGGAAAGAACUCAGAAAGCUGCAGAACUAUGCCAGCGAGGUGAUCAUGGAUCCGUCCACAGCCCAGCGGGAUCUGUGUCUUUCUGAGGACGGACGGCAGGUGCGUUAUGAGGAGCAGCGCAAGAGUUCGUCUCACUCCGACACGCCGCGUCGCUUCAGUCCAGCUCUGUUCGUCCUGGGCCGCGAGGGGCUGUCGGCAGGCAGACACUACUGGGAGGUGGAGGUGGGACAUAAGACGGCCUGGACCCUGGGCGUAGCCUGCGGAUCAGUGCGACGGAAAGGAGAGAUCCGACUCAGUCCAGAUGGAGGCUUCUGGUGCUUGUGGCUGAAAAACGGCGAGGUGAAGGCUCUCGCCGGCAACAGGGUUCCUCUGUAUCUCACCUCGCUGCCACAGAAGAUGGCCAUCUUCCUGGACUAUGAAGCCGGUCAGGUGUCCUUCUACGACGCGAGGGCACGUUCUCAUCUUUACACGUUCUGCGAUACGUUCACAGAGAGCUUGUACCCCAUCUUCAGCCCCUGCAUCAAUCAGGAUGGAAAGAACCCCGGACCGCUAAUCAUCAGCCCGGUCAAACACAGCUGAGCAAGUGGACAAGCUGUUCGUACUCACACCAGGGGUAAAAUAGCACUGCGAAUCUACAGCAUCAUGAAGAUCGAAUGUGAUGACAGACACUCCCACGUACAGUUUAAUUUCACAAACAGUUUGAACCCUUUUUAAUGUCACACAUUUAAAAAAAAAAAAAGCAACUUAAAAUAACUUCUUAUUUUUGCAAACACUCGUGACCAAUUAAUAUGUUAGUGCUUUUUUCUUACUUUAAAAUACUAAACAAAUCAUUUUAUAAACAGAAAUCCUUCACUUGAAUUUGGAAUGUGUAGAAGAAAAUACAUUCCCAAACGUUUCCCGUCGCUACAGCACGGACAAAAAGUCACUUAAAGGUCUUUUUCAGAAGUGCCUGGGAAUGUUGUUGCUUUCAAGACUUUGAAAAUGGAUCCCCGGCACAUUACAGUCGCAUUAUUUACUCUGUGAAUAAAUGCCCCGGAGUGACCGCAAAACCACACCACAGGUGUCAAGAGUUCUUUUAGGGUAAAAAGACGGAACUUCCAUCAAAUAAUGCGGACUGUUCCAAAAUGUGUGCCAAUACUGUAAUAUAUCAUACAUGUUAUAUAUGUUAAUAUAUGUUAUAUAGCGGUGGAAUGGUAGUAUUUUACAGGGCCCGUAUUCACAAAACAUCGUUAGGCUAAAAUUAGCUCCUUAGAAGAAACUCUUAAAAAUAAUGGGUGUGUCGGUCCUAAUUUUAGGACUCCGAGUAUGACCCACCUCCAAUCACUGUGGUCAUAGUCCGUAAGCUUGCUGACAUCAUCCAUAGCAACAAGGUCAACCCCGCCCUUUCUCUUAGCUAAAGGUCCCCGUGAACCGGAAGUUGUGAUCGGUUUUACUUCCGUGUUUUGACGCAUUUCAAAUGAGAAAAAUAGUGGGCGUGGCUUUCGUCUUUCUCUGCGAUUUGAUUGGAUGUAUUAAAACAGCCGUUGCAUUGUGAAAUGGGACUGGCAGCAGACUGACAGUUGAAGGGGAGGAGUUAACGGAUGCGCCGCCCAAGCCGUCUAACAUACGUCAUUCAAGAAGGAAGUGCAUUUUCAGAUUUUAACCGAAGAUUAUGAGGGCACACGAAUGUUAAAAAGAAAAUGACUCACGUUGAUAACUAUUUACAAUUAACGCUGCAAUAUUUCGUGUUAUUUUUAAUUUCACUUUCUUAGUAAAAGUUGUGAGAUAAAAGAGGUCAGAUCAAAUGUUUUGUGAAUACGGGCCCAGAAUGCUAUGGAAGACAUUUUUUUGGAUAAAAUUUGCAUUUGAUUGUGCUUUGAUACUAGAAACAUGUUAAAUGAAAAAUAUAUCGACUUUAUAUAUCAGACCAACUCUGUAUUUGAUUAUAUGUUGAUUAUUAUAAUGUUUUUGCUCAGGGUGUCAUUGUUUUUCUAAGGUUUUGUAUGAACUUUCCAGAACGUUUUAAUAAAACUGCAUUUGUGCUAUUGCCAGAAA